ACUGUCGUGAAAUCACGCAUGCCUUCAUCUGCCCACACUCAGUUCAAAGGUCGAUCUGAAGAUGGCAGAGUCAUUGAUUUGUAACAACACGCAAAGCAGGGUGAGUUCUGUGCUGAACAGAGAUGUCAAGCAGUUCGGAAAGAAGUUCAUGUUUGAUUCUAAUGAGGACACGUGCUGGAAUUCUGACCAGGGUGAAUCCCAGUGGGUUGUCUUGGAGUUUCCACAGCCUGUGAAAGUGUCCGACCUCAGGUUACAAUUCCAAGGAGGCUUUUCAGGGAAAGCUUGCAAAUUACAAGGUUCUGCCAAAGAAGAGGAUCUUAAACAUAUUGUAGACUUCUAUCCAGAGGACAACAACUGUCUACAAAGCUUUCCCAUUCAAGAUGCCCCUUUGGUUCAGAGGCUGAAAAUAGUGUUUGAAAACAGUGCUGACUUUUUUGGAAGAGUAAUUGUUUACAUGUUGGACAUCCUGGGGGAGAAGUUUUUGUAAUGUUUUGAGAAAAGGACAAAGAGGAAGUACGGUAUGAAGAGGCGGGAAUGCCAGACAACUUGUCUUGCUUUCACCUCUGGAUGAGGAAUUUUAUUUCCACCUACUCAGGAAAAGCAUGAACGGAUGUUGCUUUUGCUCUCAUUUCCUUUCAUUCUAGAGAGACUUUAUGGAUUAUAUUCACAUCAAGUCAAAACACAUGAACUACACAUUGGUAAAAAGGUUUUUUAAUUAAAAAAAGUAUAAUAAUAAUACAAAACCGAUUUUUCUUUUACAUCUCCUAUGUCAAAAUAAAGCUAUAAAAUAUG